AUGUGAUGAGCUCACGGUGCAUUCUAGUUCAAGAGCCCGAAGGUGUGAUGAAGUCUACGCUAGCCAUUUUGUUGGUCACCGUCGCAGCCCUCGUCGUGGCACAGCAGAAUGCACCCUACCAGAAGCCGGCAUCUUCCAAACCAUCGGCCGCUGCUAACCCCGCGUUGGAACAGCGUACAGUCGCACAGCAGAACCAGGCCCUGAACGUGUCCUUCGCCCAAGCCUUCGCGGAAGACACGCCGGAAGAGUUUCAUCUGAUGGUGGUGGAGCUGUACGUGCGGUGCCAGGCAGAGUUGGACAACUGUGCGGAUCUCCUGUGGGAAACCCAUCUGCUGCGUGAAUAUCGAAAGUGUGCCCUCACCCAGCGGCGAUUUUGCACGCAAGAGAUUCAAGAGCUGCAAUCGAUGCUGGAGGCACUAGUCGCUGCAGGUGAUGAACAGGUGUCGUUGACCCCCGAGGAGGAGGAAGUUUUACGCGCUCUAUACUAGUGGCAGUUCCCCAUGAAUCCUUUUGAAUCUAAACAUUAGGUAUCAAAAUUUGAUAACAUUCAUGAGCAUAAGGUUUCAUCAAAAAUAGUAACGAGCCGCAGAACCUGGACUCUGACUAACUCCAAUUAAUGGAAAUAAUCUGCACAAAAGCACAAUCGUUUUGGAAAAUAACAAACAAUAAAAUAUUUAAAGGUAGAAAACCUACAGCAAACUAAAAGCAAAAAAUCCUACAGUAAACUAAAUUGAUUGCAACAUCAUCAACAUAACUGUACGCCGUCAAUUGAAAGUUCACAGCAAAAGUAAAGAUACGAAUACCAGGCGAAAAAGGAGGAAUUAAAAUUAACUCUUAUUAAAUGUUGUUAACUGAAACGGUACUUCAAAUUUUAAAACCAUAGAAAAGAAAUCAAUAAAAACUAGCU